UUAUAGCGGGACUGCGGGGGGCAUUCUGACACCGGGGGGCAACUGACUUGGUGUCACUGACAUCCCCAGUGACACCAGUACAGUGAUUAGGGCUACUAAAAAGCACUGACACCGUACUAAUGGCACUGAGCAGGAAGGGAUUAACAUCUGGGGUGAUGAAGGCGUUAAUAUCUGGGGCGAUCAAAGGGUUAACUGUGUUCUGUGUUUUACUAGGGAGGCAUGCUAUUUUGUAUUGCUCUGCUAUGCAGAGCAAUACAAAGUAGCCUGCUGGUGCUGACAAAGGAGAGCUUUGUAUUGUUUACAUACAGACCUCUCCC